AUGGGUGUUCUCAAAUCUUCAGAGACUUCUGUUGGGGACAAGAACUUUUGCUUUAGUAGCUUUAGAGGCUUUGUAAUUUACCUACUGGGAGAUGCAGUAUUCAUCUGUCAUAUAGGGGGAUUUGAACUGAACCAAAGCAUCAACACCAAUCAGACUGUUUCCGAAGAACUAGAGUUUUCAGGGUCAGCAGUGGAAAGCCUCAGAGGGAAUACUGCUCAGGGUCCUACAAACGAAGAAGCCUAUAAAAAUGAAGGCCAAUUAUCAAGGCAGACAAAAUGUCCUGCACAGAAGAAAUCCUCUUUUGAGAACACAGUGGUCAGAAAAGUGUCAGUGACACUCAAAGAAAUUUUCAUGGGGGAGGAAGGCCCUGAAUUCAAUGAAUUUAGUCUAAGCCCAAACCUUGAUGCACAACAGAAAAUUCCAAAGGGAGAUGGAUCCCCAAUAUCUAGGAAAAACUCCAAAGAUAAUUCAGACUUAAUUAAACACCAAAGACUUUUCUCACAAAGAAAACCUUGUAAAUGCAAUGAAUGUGAAAAAGCCUUUAGUUACCAAUCAGAACUUCUUGUACACAGUAGACUUCAUGGUGGACAAAAGCCUUUUGAAUGCAACAAAUGUGGGAAAUCUUUCAGCCGAAGUACACACCUUAUUGAACAUCGAAGAACUCACACUGGAGAGAAACCUUAUGAAUGCAAUGAAUGUGGAAAAGCUUUUAGCCGGAGCACGCAUCUUAGUCUACAUCAGAGGAUCCACACUGGAGAAAAACCAUAUGAAUGUAGUGAAUGUGGAAAAGCCUUUAGCCGAAGCACUAACCUUAGUCAGCAUCAGCGAACUCAUACUCAAAGGCCUUACAAAUGUAAUGAAUGUGGGAAAGCCUUCGGUGACCAUUCAACCAUAAUUCAGCAUCAACGGAUACACACUGGAGAGAAUCCCUAUGAAUGCAGUAAAUGUGGAAAAGCUUUCGAUUGGAUCUCAUCGCUUAUUGAACAUCAGAGAACACACACUGGGGAGAGCCCCUAUGAGUGCAGUGAAUGUGGGAAAGUGUUCAGUCGAAGCUCAUCUCUUACAGAGCAUCAGAGAAUCCACACUGGAGAAAAGCCCCACAAGCGUAGAGUGUGUGGAAAGGGCUUCAGUCGAAGCUCAUCCCUUAUUAUUCAUCAGAGAACUCAUACCGGAGAGAAGCCGUACAAAUGUAAUGACUGUGGAAAAGCCUUCAGUCAGAGUUCAACUCUGAUCAGACAUCAGCACCUUCAUACUAAAGAGUAAUAUCUGAGCUUUUAUUAAUGUUAGCACAAGAACACAUAUACCUAACCUCCCACCACUGAAAUAUAUAUAUUUCAAGUAUAUAUAUACUUGUUCUAAUUUUCUUUUAUUAGAUAUCUAUACCUGUUUUAAGCUUUCAUUCGUUCUCUCCAUCUAUCUAUCCUUCUUUCCUCUCCCCUCCCUUCUUCCCUCCUUCCUACUUUUUCUCCCUCCCCCGUUCUUUCUUUCUCUUUUCUCAAAUAAGUUCUCAAUAAAACAAAGGGAUGACUCAAAAAACUUAACAUAUGAAAUCUAAUAUUCUGAAGGGCUCCAACUUUAGAGUAUAAAGCUACCUGACACCUUGUAGUUUCUCUGCUAAUUUAUUCCAUCAAGCAUGGGUCCCCGAACCACCAGGUUAUCCUCUGUUUUCUAACCACAUCAGCCCCUUCACAUGAAGAGAAAAUCCUGUGUGUGUGUCUUCAUACUUGCUGGCUUUAGUACCAGAAGAGAGGGAUCUGGCUUCAGAGCAGGACUGAAAACUUCUCACCAGUCUGGGGAUAAUAGUGUUGAGGCAAAUUCAUUCUCUUCACUUGCAAAAACAGAUUUUUCUCAUCUUCCUCCUCCUCUCACCUUUUUUGCGGUAGCAUUUUUCCUGAAAGUAUAACUCAUUUUUUUACUAAUGCCUAACUAAUCCUAGUGUUAUCACAUUUUUACCAAGAAUGUUCUAAAAAUCUUGGAGACGUUCCUCCAUGAUCUUGGGGAAAAAAGUUGCCAAAUGCUGUGCUGUGCUGUUUUUUUUGUUUGUUUUUAAUUUUCUUUCAUUUACAGACUUCAUGAAACUUACAUUCUGUGGCUUUGACCCUCACCAAUCUUGGAAGAUUGAUCUCUCAAGGACAAACCCAGUGCCUAUUUCUCAGACCUUUUUCUACUUGACAUUUGCAGAAUUGGCACUUUUUGCCACUGUUAUGCCUUAAAGCUUGAGCUUCUUUCAGGAUCCAUGAUUCUGUGCUGAUCUACACUUUUCCUACCUCCCAGCAUUUCUUUGAUUGUCAAUGAUCAGCUCUGUGAUUUGGGGCAAGGGUUAGGCCAGAAUAAUCUCAUUUCAUCAAGUUAUAAAACUUGAGAUAGUGCAACUAGAUUAUAUACUUCUUGAAGACAGAAAUCUUGGUUUGUUUGUUGUUUUAUUUUUGAGAGAAGGUCUUGCUCUGUUGCCCAGGCUGGAGUGCAAUGGCACAAUCAUAGCUCACUGUAGCCUUGAACUCCUGGGCUCCUGCCACAGCCUCCUGAGUAGCUAGGGCUGCAAGUGUGUACCACCACACCCACAAUUUUAAAGUUUUUUUGUGGAGACAGGAUCUCACUAUAUUGGCAAGGCUGGCCUCCAUCUCCUGAACUCAAACAAUUCUCCCACCUCGGCUUCCAAAAAACACUGACAUUACAGGUAUGAGCCACCACACCUGCCAGAAAUCUUGUUUUUGAUUGAUAUAAAACAUCAUAAAGUGCUGAGUAGACACUAAAUGCCCUGGAGUUAUUGCUCACUGAUUCCUCUUUAUCUGUGAUCAAUCAACUUGACUUUAUUUGAUAUAGAUUAAUAAUUGAUUUCUUUCUGUCCUUCUACUGCUGCUUCCAAGUUCUUGGUACCUCAUGCCUAGAUUACUAAAUUGAUCACUGUUGACUCACUACCAUUAUCUAGCUCUUUACUAAACUACUACUUUGUUAAAAAAACUAGUCUACAGUUUCCCAGUGACCUCUGCCCCAAAUGUAAACUUCUUUAACCUAAAGGUCUUUCAUAGUUUGAUCUACUUAUUUACUUCCUUUCUCUUCUCAAAGAUAAUACAUGCAGGCAGGCCUGUUUUUUGUUCCUACUGUACCCUCUUCUCACACUUUGCUUCUUUUCAAACUAUUCCUUGGCACUUUUACGUGUCCUACUUUCUUCGUUGUAUUCCAGAAACCUUAUCCACCCUUUUUUAAAGGCCACGCUCAUAUCCUGACUCUGACACUUUCAGUCCCCUGCCUUCUUAGAAAUCCUUUGUAGUGAUGGUUUGCAUUAUUCUCCUGUAUUAGACACCUUCUUUACUGUUUUCUGGUUCUUUCACAAGUACUUUUUUACAUAAGCUGUUUUGAAGUUGUAAAUCAUCCUAAAUCUUUUAUAAGCCUCAUAUAAUACAUAGUACAAUGCCAGCCUGGACACUAGUUUUAAUCUAAAUGCAUAGGGUUUAAUUUAGCAGCAUAAUCUUUUUAGUCUUUUGAAUGAUGAGGUAACCUCAUAGGUAUUUUGGCCCAUUUUGUUUUUCCUUGAAUUACAUAUAUAACUGACUAUUUAGACUGACUCCUUUAGAUCUCCUGGGAUGCUGACCUCUUGGCUUUCCAAUUCAUGAGACUAUUAUAAAGAAUAAGUGAGUUCAUUCAUGUAAAGUAGUAAAACAGUGCCUGACAUAAAGUAAAUGCUCAAUAAAUUCUAAUUGUUAUGAUUCUACUAAUUCA